AUGCUUGGCAGUUACAGUUUGUUUUGGAAGUUUAGGGCACAUGAAACUGUGGGGUCCGCGAAACGCAUUGCUCUGUUUUGGAAUCGCGAGACCCCGCAGCCGCUCGAAGUUUGUCCCUCUGGUGCUUCCGUAGCUGUUUCUGUCAUCAGCAGCAGCAACAUGGCGAGCUCCGGUGGCGUAGUGCGGGACGGGGACUUCAUGAGACAUGCAGAAUAUACACCGAAAUCCAGCGGGCAGAAUGAGACAGAUAUUGACAAACGCCUUGGUGGCUGUCUGAUGGCAGUGGGGCUGGGAGUUGCAGCGGCAGGGUUUGCAGGUCGAUAUGCAUUCCACUUAUGGAGGCCUUUGAGUCAGGUUAUUACAGAAGCUACUAAGAAGUUACCCACUGCGUCAUUUUCUGCAUAUUACAAAGGAGGAUUUGAGCAGAAGAUGACCAGACGGGAAGCCAGCCUUAUUCUCGGGAUCAGUCCGACCAGCACUAAGGCAAAGGUACGGGAAGCCCACAGAAGGAUCAUGGUACUAAAUCAUCCAGAUAAAGGAGGAUCCCCGUAUUUGGCAGCUAAGAUCAAUGAAGCAAAAGAUCUGCUUGACUCUGGCCCUCGCCGCUGACCCAGCUGCCCGCGCUACCCCAACAGAGACUUACAUCUACUUCAGUGCCGCCAACUCACCCACGAGCCUCCACAAGUCAUUGUUCUCCUCCAUGUUUAUCUUCCAUAAAUCAGUCGACUUUCAGUAUAUUGCGCUCCGUUCUAUCUGUCACUGUUCCUCACCGCCACUGUCGGCAAAGGUUGAUGCUUCACGUUUAAGGAUCUUCACGCUGUCCAUGUGAAAUAUCUCACAGUAAUCUUUAUUAUUUAUUGAGGUGACUUCUGUAAUGUUUAACGUCUGCUGAAAAAUCUGGUGGAUAUAUCAUUUCCAGUGGUUUAAAAAGCCCAGAGUUGUCCCCUAAUUCUAUCUAGAUGUUGUUGUUUUACAAAUCUGGAAUGACUCAUUGUGAGUAUUUUUGUAUAUGUUUGUACGCUACCAUUUUCCUCCUGCUGUGCUCUGACUGAUGCCUGUGGUACAGAUGCCUGUCUGGUCUGCACAUCUGACGGAUCCACGCGGGAACGGAGCAGCUGGGAUUAAACAGAGGGACAUUCUGGACACUGACAGCUGAUUUGCCGUUUGUCAGCCUGAGAUUAAUACCACAACUCAAGCUGCACAAACCAGUAACACGUUAUUGCAAAAGGAAUAUAAAGCAAGCAGCAGUGAAAGAAAUUGCUUCUAGGAUGCAUUUUAGAUUUCAUUUCCUUGAGAGCAAUGUUGAGCUACAUUCAGAAUAGAGUAUUAGCUUGUGCCUACUGCCUACUCUAUUUCAAAAAUAGCUUGUAAAAUGAAGGUAUAUUACAUCAUAAACAUAUCAGACAGUUUUAUGCUUUGUUACUGUCAUAUGAUCUCAUUAUUUUAGAUGUGAGAGGCAUCCAGUCAUUAUAAUGGAAAACAGAUAUGGUUGUAAUGAAUGUUUAAUUAAAUUUAAUGCAAAAAAAGCUA